AUGACGACCAUGAUGGCCACAUGGUGUCUUCUUUUGCUCGCCGCCACGCCUCUUGUUCAGGGUGUUGAGCCCAUGAUCGAAACCACAGGCAACACCCUUCGCUUCGUGGCCAAGGCAGCAGUCUUUGAGGUCGAUGGGCACACGGUGGACGUUGCUGAGCUGCACCAAAACCAACUCGACAUGGGCCUUUUCGUCGACGCCUUGAACACAAACCUAUCAAGUGUCGCCGCUGAGGCUCAAGGCCGCUCCAACACCCUGCAAGGUGCUUUGGCGACUCUGCAGGGCACCGUCACGACCAAUUUCUCCCGCCUUGAUGAUCAUCUUCAAGAGACCAAUGCGGCCACCAAUGGGCGCAUCUCUGCCCUCAACUCCAGCCUGCAAUCCUCGUUGCAAGAGGUGGCCGUCAGCAUGGCCGCGGACCGUGAAGACCUUGCCACACUGGAAAGCAACCUCAAUCAGAGCCGAAUUCAAAUGGAUCAAGCGCUAGCUGAUACUUAUGCCAAUCUGAGUUUCUUCACUCUGCAAAAUCGCCGAGAAUUGCACGAGCUCUUCAACAACUCGCUCAAUGUGACCGCCGAUACCAUCAGCAGCAACCUCCUCGAGGAGAUCGAUAGCGCUGUGACCCGAGCAAAUACGAUUGAGGAUCAGGUGGAUAGCUUGCAGACCAGCACUGCUGCAGAAAUCACCCGACUGGAUUCGAGUGUACAAGACAUGGCCAAUGCCGUCCGCGAGGAAAUUGCUGGCAACCGCACGGAGUUGAGCAACGCAGUCGCCGAGGACGUCGAUGCCGUCAGCUCUCGAGUCACCAACCUGGAAAAUCAGCCUUUUGUUCUUCAGUCGCAGCUCACCGCAGCUCAAACCGCCUUGUCAAGUGAUAUAUCCGAGGAAAACGGCCUGGUGUACACUGUGAUUGCGGCACCCACCGCCUUGCCCUUGGCUCAUCACGUGGUUUUGGACAAUGAUGCUGACAACUAUGAAAAUGUCCGGGAUCAAAUUGCUGCCCAUGCAUUUGACUAUGGCCUGCCUGAUCACCAGAUUCGCGCGUUAAUGGCCCAGUCAUCACACGCCACGCAGCAGGUGACGCUGAACUGCCAAGGCAUCAUCAACUUUCUCAACACAAACAACAGGAGCUAUUAUGCCUAUCCUGCCAUUUGGACUUCGCUUGAUGGCGAUGCCUGGACCGUACCCACGGCGGAUGAACUGGUAGAGGCUCGCCGCAUCUACCGUCCGCGCCUGAUCCAAGAUGGCUGCUAUCAAAAUAGCGGCAGCGUGAUUAGCAAGACUGUGUCUCUGCUGGAGGGUCCAGCUGCUUCGUUGCCCGUGGCAGAUCUGUACCUCUAUGACUUUGGUGGUCCCGUGACAACGCCUUACAUGUUCAAUAGCAUUGGCAGCGGUGUCGAUGUUCGUUUCAAGGCCUCACAAGGCUAUGUCUGGACCAUUGAUGACUACACGGUGCGCAACGAUGAGUGCCAUGUCAACAACAACAAUCAGCUUCUAUCGGGUGUUGCUGACCUAGUGGGCGAGCCUUCGAGUGAGUGA